CAUCUUGGGCCUACGCCCUCCUCAUGGUUUUGUUGUUCUGCCUACGAAUGCUCUCUGUUUGUUUGUUUGUUUGUCUGUCUGCUUUUUUGCUUUUGUGUCAUAUAUGUGUGAUCUGCAGCACCUAUAGCAGAAGAGAAAAGCUUGCCUUUUCAGAUGAAUUCAAAUAAUAUUCCUUGUUCAGUGUCACAUGUUGAAGCUCCGUCUGACGUUCCUGCUCUCUCUCGCGGUCAGAUUUCUAAGAAGGACUCCGGUGUGUACGAGGUCGUUCUGAAGGACGACAGAGGGAAAGACACGUCCACUUUGAAUUUGACUGAUCAAGGUUUCAAAGAGUUGAUGAAUGAAGUUUUCAGUUUUAUCGCCAAUUCCUCCACUCCGCUGAAGAUCACAAGCACAGAUCAAGGGAUCCGACUUUACACCUUCGUCAGCUACUACAAUGAUUUACUGCAAGUAACAUGGCACUACAAGGAUUCAGCCAUCGCCUUCUCCGACCGUAUAAAGAGUGGAGUGGUGGGGGAGCAGCUGUGGCUGCAGAUCUCAGAGCCCACAGAGAAAGACAUGGGCAAAUACGCCAUCGAGUUCAAUGAUGGAAAAGGUGGCCUGAGGAGGACCGUUGAGCUGUCUGGACAAGCAUUCGACGAUGCUUUUGCAGAAUUCCAGAGACUCAAAGCUGCUGCUAUUGCAGAAAGAAGUCGUGCUCGAGUAGCAGGAGGCCUGCCUGAUGUGGUUACUAUUCAGGAUGGCAAGGCCCUCAAUCUCACCUGUAACAUUUCUGGCGACCCCAUGCCAGAGGUCACCUGGCUGAAGAACGACAGAGAGAUCACGUCCGAUGAUCACAUCAUCCUUAAGUUUGCGUCCGGCAAGUUUGCAAGUUUCACCAUCACUGCCGUGAACACGUCAGACUCUGGCAAGUACAGCAUCCUGGUGAAGAACAAGUACGGCACAGAGAGCGGGGACUUCACCCUGGAGAUCAUCGAGGGAACACCUGACUUGGGGGUGACUUCUUAUAUGACUGAUGCAGAAGGGAAUGUGGUGUUUGGCCAGAAUACCCCGAAGGAAAAGAUGAAAACCCCGGGCACUGGAACCAAAAUGCAGAAGCGAAAGGAAUCUGUGACAAAAAUCCUUCCAAUGGAAGACGUCACAGCCAGCGGGGAGCCUGACGUGCAGAAAGACGAGGAGGUUGCAGUGGUCGCUUCAGAAGAAGCCAAAGCUACAGAUUCAGAGCAAACAGGAGACGCAGAAGAAGUCGCUGACCAGCGUUUGGCAGCUGACCAAUCAGAUGCCCCUGAGCAGCCUGAAGCCACGGUGGAGGAGCCUGAACCCGGAGCUGAAACAGCCUGAAAACACUGAAACUAUUGUUGAAAAGUUUUAUGUACACACAUAUCUUUGACAAGCUUGGUGUGGAGUUUUAUGUCUGAUUGCUGUGUUUCCAGUUACAUUACCUUAGCGUGCAUUGUACUCCUUCAUGUUAACGAUAUGCCCCUUUUUUGUCUAAUAUGUAUCUGAUGGGACAUCGUUUUAUUGUCAUGUACACAACACUUCACAGAACAAUUAUUUAAUGUUGUUUUCCUGCAUUCUUCUUACUUUGCUAUUUUCAUUAUUACUGCCUUUGAGUAAAUAUGGGACAUA